AUGCCGGAUUACUGGCGGAAGGAACGGUUCCAGGCCUUGACAGUCGAAGGCCGGGAGAUGUUGAAGGCCCCAUCUUUGGCUGGGCACACUCAGCUGCAUCAGCACCACUGGCUCCCAGCCUGUGGUCCUCAGCCCAGCAGUGUCAGCGUUUCCCUGGACCUUGCUGGAGGGGAGUGUUCUUGGGCUCUACCACUCACCUGCUCAACCAGAAACCCCGGGGGAGGGGCCUUCUGGGAACCCCUGCAGGUGAUUCCACUCCUGAUGCCAAACCCCAGGGCCCAGACUCACCUGGGGAAGCUGAGGGAGGUGGCCUUGGAGGACAAGCCUGGGAGAGCAGGUUUCUGGACUGCAUUGUCCUCGCCUUCCUGCUGGGAGGUGCUGCUGUCUGCCAGUGCUGGCCACAAGGGGGCAGCAGAGGGCUGGGAAACCCGGUGCCGCUGGCGCUGCCUCUGGGUUGGCCCUGCUCCUCUGGGGCCUGUGCUGUGCAGAGUUCUGGAGCAGGGGUUUGGAGCCAGGAUCUCCGCACUGCUGGGAGCACGCACUCCUAUAAAUAACGAGGAGCUCACGGAGAAGGAGAAUGGAAAGGGAAGCUUAUUUGGUACAAAGCACAGUGACGUCCGUGAGCAGCUUUUCCAUGAACGCAUUUCCAGGGACUUCUGGAAGAGACCCCCCCCCCACCCAGGUCCUCGGCCUCCCCUCUGCCCCCCAGACCCCCGGACACCGCUAGGGCUGCUGCCCCCCACGUGGUGGCCCCACUGGGAGCAGGCGGGACUCUGGGGGGAGCUGGCACCGGCAGGGCUGACCCUGGUGGGUUCCUCACCUCGGGACCCCGGGUCUCAGCUGCGACAGGAGGACAGCAGGAGGACGGGCACGGAGACUCCGUGUGUGCUGCUCAGAGGGAAACGCGGGGGGGUGAGCGGGGCCGAGGGUGGGGUGGGGGCCGUGGGACAGCCGGGCCCUGGGCGCAGCGCUGCGGCUCGGUCUGCGGAGAGGAGACUGCGGGAGAGGGCCGUGUUCUCAGUCUAUUCUGUGUCCACAGACGAUUUCCAGGUGAUCGGCCCCUCAGUUCCCAUUGUGGCCAUGUUGGGUGGUGACGCCAUCCUGCCCUGCUCCCUGGUCCCAGCCAUGAAUGCAGAAGACUUGGAGCAGCUGCGGUGGUUCCGUACCAAGUUCUCAGAGGUGGUAUUCGUGUAUCAGAACUGCCGGGAGCAGCACGAAGAGCAGAUGCCCCAGUACACAGGGCGGACCUCGCUGGUGAGGGACCUCCUCACCCAGGGGCAGGCUGCUGUGCGCAUCCAGAAGGUCCAGGUUUCAGACAACGGGAGGUACACCUGCUUCUUCCAGAAGGGAGACUACUAUGAAGAGGCCACUUUAGAACUGCAGGUGGCAGGCCUGGGCUCUGCCCCUCAAGUGCACAUUGAAGGGCCGGAGCAGGACGGGGUCCGCGUGGUGUGCAAGGCCUCGGGCUGGUUCCCGAAGCCCCAGGUUCAGUGGACAGACCUCAGCGGGAAGAAGUUCCUGGAGUUCUCUGAGGCCCAUGCCCAGGACGCAGCAGGGCUGUUCAGCGUGGAGGCGGCUCUGGUGGUGAGAGACAGCUCUGCAGGGAGUGUGAGCUGCUCCGUCCUCAAUCCCAUCCUGGGCCAGGAGAAGGCGAUGGCCGUGUCCAUCCCAGCAUGGAGGAAGGCGCAGCUGUAUGCUGACUGGCGGAAGGAACGGUUCCAGGCCUGGUCUGUCACUCUGGAUCCAGGCUCUGCCCAUCAGACUCUUGCAGUCUCUCCUGAAAGGAAGAGUGUGACCUGCCAGACCACCCCUAAGGGCCCUGACGACAUCUACAGUGUGUUGGGCCUUGAGGGCAUCACGUCAGGAAGAUGUUACUGGGAGGUGGAGAUCAGCAAAGGAAAGUCCGGCGACUGGGUUCUGGGGGUCUGUAGGGAGCAUGUGACAAGCACAGGCUGGUGCAGAGAGUCCCCAGAUGAGGGGUUUUGGGUUGUGAGUUCAUUUUACAAUAGCUACCUUGCCUGGACUAAGCCUCUACAGACUCUAUCCCUUAGGCAGGAUCCCCGCAGGGUGGGGAUUUUCCUGGACUACAGUGAGGGGGACGUCUCCUUCUACAACAUGACUGACGGCUCCCACAUUUUCUCAUUCCCCAAAGCUUCUUUCUCUGGAACCCUCUUUCCAUGCUUCAUGCUUCAAGGAGACAUGACCCUGACCAUCUGCUCCACAGAGAAGGGUUCUGAGGGGCUCCCUGUGCCCCUUAGCAAGUCUCCUUCUUUGGAGGGGGCUGUGAGGCCCCCAGGGGAGGGGCUCAGCUCAGGCUCUGGAGUGGAUGGAUCUCCCCCAGGGGCUGAGUCUCCAUUGCUGCCCUGA